UUAAUAAUCAAUAAUCAUCCAAACAUUAGUGAAAGUAGUACUAUAUAUAUAUAUGUGUACAAACAUUACUUCUGCCCAACCACGGUUAGCCACAUAGUAGUAAUUAAUCAGCUAGUCAGCUUACACUUGUCUACACGCGGCGAGCGGCCAUGGACGCACCUCGCCGGCGGAGCAACGGCGCGUGGGAGAUCAACCUGGUGCGGCGGAGCCCGGCCACGGCGCGGACCGACCGCUGCUCGAGGCUGCUGCUGCUGUGGAGCGGGUUCGUCGGCGUCGUCGUCGUGCUCUACCUGUUCGUCGGCCACGUCUGGGCGUCCGUCGCCACGGCGGUGCUCCUCGCCGCCGCGGGCUGGUUCACCUGGUACUACUUCGGCGCGGCGCCGGCGCCGCCGGUGCUCCCCGAUCAUCAUCAGCCGGCGGCGCCGGUGGAGGCCCGCGGGCUCAGCCAGGAGGACAUCGAGGCCAUCCCGGCGUUCGAGUACAGGAGGGGAUCAUCGGGCAGCGGGGUGGCGCAGUGCGCGGUGUGCAUCGCCGCCGUGAAGGACGGGGACACGGUGCGGCGGCUGCCGGCGUGCGGCCACGCGUUCCACGCGCCGUGCGUGGACGGGUGGCUGCGCGACCACGCGACGUGCCCCAUGUGCCGCGCCGACGUCGUCAAGGUCGCCGGAGAGACGACGCCGGCGACGGAGGAGGAGCCGCCCGUGUAGCCGAGCCCGCGCAAGUUGAGGCAUACGACAAGUCAACAAAACAUGCGCCGGAAUGGAAACGUGUGCUUCCAUCCCUGCUUGUUUCUUUUUUUUCCACUUCGUUUGACUUUCUGUUUUAAGUGUCAGCUUGGUAUAGUAUGGAUCUGAUAUAGUGUUUACUAGCAAGGUGUAUAUGCGAUACAAUUAACAAAAAAGUUGUGAAAAGUGAGUGUCAAUGGCAAAAUUACUUGAGUGUGAUAUCUACUUCAUUUUGCCAACUUCUGUUAUCUCUUUUUGAAUCGAACUAUUAAAGUGUACUCCGUUUCUAAAUA